AUGACCACUACUAUUCGCCAUCGUAUCGCGACUCUGAUGGUCACCAUCGGCUUACUGACUAUGAGUCUCGUCACGACAGGCUGCUACUCCUAUGGUGGGCUCCAGAUUCGUCGACCUGAGGGGUCCCAAAAGAUUCUCGAAGCUGAGGCCGCCCCUAGGGUUAAUGAGGACUCCUGCUAUGCUGAAGUAUUCGGAAUGUAUGUAGUCUUCAAUAGGGUUGAUAAAGGUGUUUACGAGGGCUUCACCAUCAAAUGCCGCGAUCGCGCUGUGCCUCUCAUGGAUGUCGAAGGGUAUUCGCUCAUGAGGAAAUACCUAUUACGUGUAGAGAACGUAUAUGGUUGUAAUGACGUUUACAAUAAGUUCUAUCGUGGAGACCAGCUGGCGUCGAUUCCCACCUCGGAGGCCUAUCGUCAGCUAGAAACCUUGUUCAAGAAUUUGAAGGAGAAAUGUAGGACUGAUGACUCAGCAUGA